ACCCCCGCCAAUACCUCUUGUGUCUCCUAUAGUGUCCUACUUUCAGCACCCUUAAGUUAGCUCAGUCAUCGUUCCAGCACGUUAUUGAGCUGGGCCAGCCAUGUCUUCGGCAGGGCCUACUUUCGCCAAUCGAAAACAAAAUCCGCUUUACAUCCAGCUGUUUGCAGGUACACAGCAAUUCUAUACGUCCGGAGACCGUCUCGAGGGCAUCGUCAGAGUGGAGCCAUCAACACGACCUGUACAUGUUAGUAUCCGCUUCAAAGGAUUUUCCCUCAUCUACGAUACAAGUGCCAAUGCCAUUAAACCUGAGUUCUUCGAAUUUUCACGAGAACUGUUCGUAUCUACGGGCGCUGGCGAGAACUUCGACAUCUUACGCAGAGGCACGGCCGAUGAUGGCAAGGUCGAACUCCCCUUCAGCUUCACCUUCCCACAGAAUGUGAGACUCGCACCGCCCCCGAAUCGAAACUGGUGGUACUCGAAGGACUCGUAUAAUCACCCACGGUUUCAGCAUUCUCCCGGCUUUCGAUUACCCCCGAGUUGCACGUCGCUCACAUCCGUCAACGGACCAUUGUCGCCAAAGAUCAUGUACUAUCUAGAGGCUUACAUGGAGACCAUACUGCCUGAUAGCCCCCAUACGAGAGUUCGCCAGGAAGUCAGUUUCAUCCCGCCAGCACCUGAUUAUCACCCUACGCUUCUUCAGCCAGAUCUAAAUUUCGGCCUAAAACUGCCCAAGCAUUGCUGCCGCUACAAGUUUAUUCGAACACGGAAGCUUCUCCCUGGCUAUGGGGAAGGUAGUAAACUGGGCAAGAUGAAGGAUUUGCUGCUAGAAAACCAGCUACUCUUCGGGCUAAACAGCGUCGGUGAGGUUCCAUUCGCCCGAUUCAACCUCUUUGCAACGCCUGCCCGUAUCCUGGUGAUUGGUUCUCCGAUUCCUAUAAACGUAACUAUUCAACACCUAGACCGUUCGAAGACGCUGCUUAAUCCACCGGACCUGUUCAUGCGCAGGCUGCGCGUCCAACUUCUCUCUACGUUCCACACAUUCGUACCUAACUCAGCCUCAGCCCGGCAUGGCACCAAGGAAUUAGUAGAUAUCGUGAAAGAUAUCACCACGCUUUGCGACACCAAAUUCGAUGCAGGUGAGGGCGAGCCCCUCCGCAAUGAACUGAAUCUUCUAGAAGUAGGAAAUAUAACAAUGGCACACGAAAAGGUGAUCCCAAGCUUCACUAGCUAUGGGCUGUGUCUGGAGCACGAGUUGCAAGUGGAAAUAUGGGGCGAAUGUGCAACACAUGAAUUUCAGGGAAUUGCCUGUAGAGAGCAAGUCCAGAUAGUCUCAGGGUGGGCUACAACAUCUGCGCAUCAUGAAGAUGGUGAUAUCCCCGAGGAAGACUCGAGGCCGGCAUAUCAAGAACUGGAUCCUAUGCUGUCGGUGCAUGCUGCCGGCACCUUGUCGAGCACACACGAGCUAAAUUCAGGAGGGGCGGUACAAGAGUGGGAUGCACACUUCAACCCGGGACCAUUGGCACAUCAAUCGGAAUCAAUAGCGGUACCGCCUCCGCCGUAUGUAGGGUGACUUAGUACAAAUGUCGACUUCUACUUCGAUCUGUUCCUACCUUGCCUUUUCGGUGUACCAGUGCGCCCUCAAACAGGCACGGCCACAACAACGCAACUC